AUGUCUGUCUUCCAGGAAAUGGCUGAAAAAAAACUCAGCGAAAAAUUACCACAGCCUGGUGAAUUCAUUAUCACUAAAAAAGCAGAAUAUGAGUCAAUAAAAUUGUUGGGCAAAGGCGGCUUUGGAGCAGUAUAUGAAGUAAAACGCGUAUCGGAUUCUGCUGCUUUUGCAAUGAAAUGUGAAUUAAUGGAUGUUAGAAAACGAGUAUUAUUAAUGGACUGUACAGUUUUGCGUGGUGCUCAGUCACUUGGAAGCAAACAUUUUUGCGAGAUUGUCGAUCGUGGAAAGCAACCUGAACGUUUCAGAUUUAUCAUCAUGAAACUGGUUGGUCGAAAUUUAUGGGAUUUAAGGGUGGAACGGCCAGAACAACGUUUCACAUUAAAUACAGCAUUAAAAGCAGCCGAACAAUGUUUGGAAUCAAUUGAGCACUUGCAUACCGUUGGAUUUUUACACCGAGACAUUAAACCGGGCAAUUUUGCGAUCGGACGACCGGAAGCCAACGAACAUCAUACCAUUUUUAUGCUUGACUUCGGGUUAUGCAGGCAAUUCAGCUCUGGAAAUAAAGAUUUACGGUUGCCUCGUGCUUCCGCUCCUUUUCGUGGUACUACUCGUUAUGCUUCAAUUGCCGCACUGCGACAAAUGGAGCAGUCACGAAAAGAUGACGUCGAAUCAUGGCUUUAUAUUACAGUUGAAUGGACUGCUGGUUCUUUGCCGUGGAGGAAACUAAAGGGGCCUGACAAAGAAGAAGUGCUGCAGUGGAAAGAAGAGGUACGUGAAGGUGAAGCAAUGGAUGAUUUUUUUAAACAAUGUCCCAGACGAGAAUUCUCAACAAUAAUGAAAUAUAUUGAUUCACUGGAAUAUGAAAGUAUACCGGAUUAUGAUCAUAUUUAUUACUGUAUACAACAUGCUGCUAAGUAUUUUUCUAUCGUUUCGGCAAAUCACAUAGCAGCAGAUGAUCCACUUGAUUGGGACCCAGAGCACAAGUAUCAUGGGCCGAUUAUAAAUCUUAACGAAAGGCAAAGUAAACAAGUGAAGGAUCGACGACGUCUGGUUACGGCAAGGACGCAACGUUCUAGUUAA